GUGAUUUCGUGAUUUAGCCCUGCAUAGCAAUAGACUAUAAGGUUUAAGACAAUAUUACUUCUAAUCACUAGACGCGGUGAAAAUUGCUAUUGACUUUAUAAAUACAGGGCAGCUUGUUACGUAAUUGAUAGAUAAUUACCGCGUUUGUUUCCAGACUGACGAUGAACAAGAGCCAGUUGUUUCUACUCCUGGUCUUAAACAGCUGCAUUUUGGUUGGUUACUACAUCUGGCGCCUGAAUGGCUCCACUCGCGGCUUGUCUGGUAUCCGGAAACAACUCGUCUCGCUAGCGAGGAACACUCGGCAAUGUCCGACUAUAGAAAACCAGGAGCAUGGGCGUGUGAGAAGAUGGCUCGCCAGUACAGACGAGAUCUCCCAGAGCCAUGGCGAGACGUGUACGUCACCGCGGACCACGUUUGUUUUCAUCAAGGUACACAAGGCCGGAGGUACCACUGCACUCGCCAUCAUGCACCGCCUGGCAGUGGUACGAAACCUGAGCACCGUGAUUCCCCGCAUGUCCGUGGUACUGGGGCACCCGUUCCAGCUCCGUCUUGAAGACUACCAUGCCCUGAAGGAAGGAAAGUUCGAAGUCUUAGGAGAACACUCCGUCUACAACCGUGACGUCAUGGACAGCAUCAUGAAAGAAGACGUGGUGUACCUGGCCGUCUUGCGUCGCCCGGUGUCGCAACUGGCGUCGACGUUCCACUACUACGGCAUCGAGAGGCGGUACAAGCGGGGUUCUGUUUCGCACAACCCCGUUGAGAAUUUCCUGUUGGACCCUUGGCGACGGAUGCCUAAGCCGUAUCGCGACGGAAGGAACGCGCCUUACUCUAAGUACAGAAACUGGCAGUCCACGGAGAUGGGCUUUCCUCUGGGGUUGUCAGACAACGAGGCCGCGAUACACGACUGGGUCCAGAGCACGGGGCGUGAGUUCUUCUUCGUUAUCAUCCUCGAACAUUUUGACGAAUCUAUGGUGAUGUUACGGAGGCUGAUGUGUUGGGACGUUAAGGAUAUCAUAUAUCUCCGGCCUUCACUGUCAAGGUCGUAUAAGUACAAGACGAAGCCACCAUCGGAGAAGGCGCUGCGCAACCAUAGAAAAUUCAGCGCCGUGGAUUAUGCACUGCACGAGUACUGGAACGUCUCGCUGUGGAGAAGAAUUUCUCAACAAGGUGUAGACUUCCACGAGGAAGUCGCCGCAUACAAACAAAUGAAUUCAGUCGCAGCCAGCUACUGCGAGAUCGCAUCCAAAGGCAGCGUUCCCCCAAAGGUUUUUCCACAAACGAAAUGGUCAGCACGAUUCGAGAUCGACCUGUUGUUUUGUAAACUCUUGAAUCUAUUCACAGUGGAGCUGAGGAAACUACUGUUUUACACGAUGUACGCGCAGGGGAGACUGAAGCAGUUUCAGAAGGAAAGCGAGAAGCUGAAUCGGCAUUCAAUCACAUGGCAGGACAUAGUGGAGCAUAACUUCCAGAAAAUUGCAAAUAGGAAAAAUAAGAAGAAACAUGGAGGGUAGACGGAAAACGCCUAAAAUUACAAUGAUGAUGUGGAUAUUCGUUGUAAAAUUAUGGAUGAAAAGACCAAAGAUACUAUAAAGGACAGAAAUAUUUAUCUAAAAUGUUGGAUUUAGUCAUUGAAUUAGUUUAAUAAUCAUGAUAUGAUAGAUUAGGAAACACCCAUACAUAUAGCCAUUUCUUUUUACAAUUCAUUAUCAAAGUUUCGUUCAGACGUAAUGCCUGAGCUGUACAGUUGCAGAUUUGGAAAUAUAUCAUGCGAAUUUCAACAUGCUUGUUUGUAUGUGGUGUUUAGUUCGCAAUGAAACUAAGUGCAAUACU